AUGAAGGGGAUGAAGACUAUCAUCCCUGUUGUCUUCAUCUUCUUCGUGAUCUGGGAUGGCAAACCUGCGGGUGCUUUUCAGGUAAUGUGCCUCCAUCGCACGUGGACGUGCUCUCUUGGCGAUGCUGUCGAGAGGCAGAAGAUGCUGGUGAACAAGAAGCUCAAAUAUGAACGAUCAAAGAUCGCCAAGCUGGGAGAGCCCUCCAUCGUUCAAACUUCGCUGCUAGACCUUGGACACAACGAAAGGGUGAACAACAAGGGUGACGGCGAUGGGAGGAAAGGCAACCGCAACUCGAAUGGGUUGGGAGAAAAGCAAGAGAUCAGGUCGAAGCUUGAACGAUUCAAAUCGGCGUGUAAGUCUAGCACUAUCUCAACUCAGGACUUGCUCUCUUCGUUCCGUGGCUUCCUUAGAGCAAGCAGCGACAUCUGCUCCAGCGAUUGUGAUGAGUCAUGGCGGGUCGCUCUCGAGGCUCUCCAGCUGCUCAAGGACGCAGACCGUGCUGGUGUUGUCGCAUACAACAUGAUGCUUCAUUUCGCGGCGCUAACGGCAGGAAGGGGGUGCCAACCUGCUUUCGAGCAUGCAAUCAACUUGAUGACCAGGAUGGUAGAGGAGAACAUUGAACCCGAUCUCAUCAGCUUCAACUCGAUGAUGAAUGUCUGCGCCAAGAGUGCAAGCAUGAUGUCUCAGGAAGAAGCGUUUGCAAACGCGUACUCCGUUCUUGACAUGAUGCGAGAUGCGCGUAUCGCACCCAACACCAUCACAUUCACGAGCAUGAUGGAGAUGUGUGCUCGAUCCACGGGGGCUCGAGGAGGAAGAGGAGGAUGGUCGCGGGGAUGGCAGAAGGGGAUGGAGAUCCUUGUGCUGAUGCGAGAGCAUGACCUGAACCCCUCCAUCUUGACUUACAUCCAGAUGGUCAAGAUCUGCUUGACUUCAGCCAAGAUGAAGAGGGCAGGGAACUGGUCGGAAUCGGCUGUGAGAAAUGGAUGCAAAGUGUUGGAGCUGGUGAGGGAGGAUGGGCUUGAACUCAACGAGGACUUUUACAACCACUUCUUCUCUCUCUGUGCCAAGGCAGCAGAAGCAGGAUACGAGGCAGCAGUCGUGGUGGCUGAGGAUUUGUUUCGUGACAGGAACGUCUCUUUGACGUGGAGCACGACUACAUGGAACUCGCUGCUCAACGUCUACGCCAAGAGCGGCAGGCUAGCGGCGGCCCGCGGGCUCGUGCGAGGGGAAAUGCUGCGGCAGAGGGUCACGCCAGACCUGGUCACUUGGAAUACGCUCAUGUGCGCCAUGGCCAAGGAGGCGCAGGCGGGAAGGAGCAGUGGCAUGCAAGGGGGGCUGGAGAUCCUGGAGGACAUGCGGAGGGCAGGAGUGAAGCCUGACGUUCUGACCUACAACGCCUUGAUGCGAGCAUGCACAGCUCCCGUGCUGAGCCGGAGCUCCGACAGCGUCUUCGACCAGGGCAGCAUCGUGCUGGACAUGAUGAGGGCAGACGGGUUGUCCCCUGACGUGGUCACCUACACCACGAUCCUCGACGCGUGCAUCAAGUCGUCUUCGACGCAGGAGGAGGAUGGGCUGUCGCAAGCCCUGAAUGUGGUCGAGGCCAUGCAGGCGGUGGGGCUGAACCCCAACAUCAUCACAUGCAACUGCCUCCUGACUGCGUGCAGCAAAGCCGCGGAGCAUCGAGGCCUGGCGAUGGUGGACAUGGGAGUCGAGCUGAUGCAAGCGAUGGAGCUGCGAGGCAUCGCGCCCAACCUGGUGUCGUACAACUCGCUGAUCGCCGCUUGCUCCAAGGCCGUCGCUUCCUGCGUGCCGGGCGAGAGACCCGCCGACUGCAUCGCCAAGGGGCUGCAGCUGAUCCAGAUGAUGAGGAGGAAGGGUCUCAAGCCCAACGUGAUCUCAUACACAUCGCUGGUGGCAGCAGGAGCCAACGGAGUGAAGGUGGGGGACCUGAGCCUGCUCAAGCAUGGCAGCGUGAUCCUGGAGCUCAUGGAGAAGGAUGGAGUGCAGGCAGAUUCCGUCACCUUCAACUCCAUCAUCGACAUGUACUGCAUGGCGGCUGCGGCAGGGCUGGACGGCGACUGGGUGAGACUCUCCUGGAGGGUAAUUGAGCUGAUGAAGAGAUCGAAUGUGGAGCCCGACGGCGUGUCAUGCGCCAUCUUCAUGGACGUGAUCUUUAAGAGCCUGACGUGCAUGCAAGGAGACGGGCGGGGUCGUCGCCUUCGCAGGAAGAUUCAAAACAUCUUCCGCAGCAUCGAUGAAGAUGGAGACGGAGAGAUCAGCGUCGAUGAGCUCAGGUCCGCAUUUCUCCGCAGAGCUCCCUUCCAGGAGAAGCAGGCCGUGUCGUCUCCUACCAAAGCUCCUUCCUCCCGCUCCUCCUGGGCCCUCCCUCGCUCGGAGGUCUCGGAGAAGGAUCUCGUCAGGUUCUUCCGUUGGGCCGACAUGGACGCCAACGGUAGGAUCGACUACCAAGAGUUCGAGAAGAUGCUGGUGGGGUCAGCCAACCCCCGCAGCUUCGGCAUCCUCCCGCAGUCCGGCACCCCCGAGGCCCUCAAGGAAGCUCGUCAAUACAUCUCCAUAGGCAUCGGCGUCCUCCAGGACAUGUUCUCCUCCGACGUCCAGCUCAACGUCGUCACCUGCAACGCCCUCCUCGACUCCAUCGCGCUGGCAGCCGAGCUGGCGCCUGUUGAAGGAGGAGACGCCUUCCGCCUGUGCCUGCUGGACGCGAAUCGGGUGCUCGAGCUCAUGCGCAGCCAUGGUGUCGUGCCCAACUGCCGCAGCUUCUCUGCUCUGCUCAAGAUUUGCACGACCUCUGCUGGGUCGGCCGACGGAGAGAAGGCGCUGAAGAGGAGCUACAGGGUGAUGCAGGAGAUGAGGAGAGCUGGAGUCGAGCCGGACACGGUUGCCUACAACAUUUUCCUUGAAGGGUUUGCUAGAGCUCCUUGUACAGCUGGAGGAGGCAUCGUUGAGGCGAUCAAGGUCUUGAACGAGAUGAUCGCCGCCAACGUCCGUCCUGAUAGCGUCACUUUCCUGGCCAUCAUCAAGGCAGCCAAACAGGAAGGGACCUCGGAGGCCGUCUCGCUUGCCGCCUCCUUGUUCGCCAAGAUCCCCGCGGAUUGUCAAAACAUCAAGACAUACUCAGUGAUGAUGAGAGCGAUGAUCCAGGUCGGCAGGCGCGAGGAAGUGUUGGACCUGCUCGAGCAGGCGGCAACGAGCGGCAUGCGACCAGACACGCACAUGAUGGCGAUAGCAACGCAGGCAGCGUCUUCGAGCAGCCGCCUCAAGGCUCGUCUGAGAGCUUUUCGAACAUGGUUCCGCAGGGAGAAGAAGGACGAGAGAGAACUCCAAGUAUAA